UCUGGCGGUCUGGCUGUCUUUGACCAGUGUUGGCUGACAUCAUUCGCACAAGGGGGUGUUAGCUGGGCACUGGGAUGAUUUUCAUGGAAUGAGACGUUGCUGUCAAGGGAGAUCUACAGGCGUGUUGGACACCUAAUAUCAAUUGAAGAAGUAAAUUUGUGGCUUAUUUAAACUACACUGAACUGCUAAAUGGAUGGAAUAGACACUUUGCAGAGCUCGGCUCCAGAGACCAAGGCUGAGCGAAUUGCCCGCUACAAAGCAGAGAGAAGGAGGGAGCUUGCUGAGCGCUAUGGCAACACAGAAGAAUUCACCUCUAAAUAUGUCCGUAGGGACAGGAAAAUUGGCGACACAUCCGAAAUGAUGUAUUCAGCAAGCAAGGAGAAGGAGAAAUGUGAGGAUAAGGAUAAUGGCUCAGAGCAAACCUAUACCAGGAGGGCCCUCAGGAAUAAAGCAGAACCUGUGGAGCACACUGAUGAUGAGCCCACCCAGGAAAAAGAGACUACCACUCACCUCAAAACAGACACAGUUUUAUCCUCCAAGUCAGAAGCUGCCUCCUCCAUAAAGAUGUCCUCUUAUUUCACGUUGCCGGAAAGCGAUGAUACAGAGGAGCCAAAGGCUGACAAGAAGCCUGUCGACUCAGUUAAGACGACUGUUACUUCCAAGAUGUCUCUUUUUAAGGACCUGGAGGGCACAGAGGAUGGAAGCUGUGGUCACCGUGCCAACAACAGAGUACAACAUCUGCUAAUGAGCAGUGAUGAAGAGGAAGCGUCAAUCAGCCUUCCUAAAACUAAUAUAGUGAAAGCAAUGGAAGAGAAAGAAGCCACAGAUGAACAUUCACAGGAGCGUGAAUAUGCUGCCAGUGCAAUUAAUGAAAAGCCCUCCUCACUGCACCGUCAAGACUCGGGGCCUCGGGGCAUCAAGGGAAUUUUAAAGAAAAACCGCUCCACCAGUGUAGAGUCGGACCACAGUGAGAGCUCCACCGCGGAAUGUGCUCCAGCCCAACAAAGCAGCAUCACCCUCAGCCACCCCGAGAGCGAAGAGGGACUGCAGGAGGAGAGUGAAGAGAACAAGGAGGAGGCAGAGGAGGAGAUAGAGGAAGAGGCAGCAGGGGGAGGGCAGCAGUGGUAG